AUGGAUUCGAACGAAAUAAGCACAAACCAAAGAAAAUCCAAGAGGCAGACCAGUCCGAGAAGAGUGACGGCGGCAACGAUAGUACCGAAUGCCGUAAAGGAAGAAAUAGAUAGUGAUUCUAGCGAAGAUUCAGAAACGGAAUGUGCUGCUAAAUAUUGUCGAUGUCCGUCUGACGAGCAAGUUGGAUGGGUACAAUGUGAUAAGUGCCAGCAGUGGUUUCACAUACUUUGUGUUGGUUUAACAAAUCAAGCCGCAGAAGCUAUGGAUGUUUUCGUUUGCGCUGAUUGUAUUACGUUCGAUUGCAAUAACGUUAACGAGACCAUUGAUUAUCAUAAAAGUACCAAACUCGAAAUAUGUAGUAAUUCGUAA